AUGCAGCGGCUCUCGUCAUCGAGAGGCGUGCUGCGUGGGUGCGCCGCCCGCACGAGUCUCAGGCCCCAGGCGCUGGGCAGGGGCCUUGGCGCCGACCUCGGAGGCAAGCUUGGCAGGGCCAUCGCAGGCGGCAAGCAGCAAGGCAGCGAGGGCAGCAGGAACGCCGAAGAGGCCGCUCCCAAGCGGGAGCGCACCGCAGCCGUCGCUACGGCCCCCGCCGCAGCCUUGCAAGCACCCCCGCCCGACGACGCGCUUGCGGCCGUCGCCGCCGCUCCCGCGGCGGCGGGCGCGGACGCCGCUGCCGCGGCUGCUGCUGGGGCGGGGGCAGCGGGGCCGGCGGACGACGGGCGGGCUUUUGUUGUGGAAGCAGUGCGACAAGCGCGGCGGGCGGCGAAGCCCGAGGUUGUCGAAUAUGAGGAGAUAGAAAUUGAGGAGCCGGUGCGCGGCAUAGCGGACUACGCAGCCGACGCGCGCGCGCUGCUCACGGCGCCCGCGACACGCAAGGGCCUAGCGUUCGGGGCGGCGGCGCUGCUCGGGGCUACUUUUGCGGUGGCGGUGUACCGGACUUGGCUCAAAUCAAACACAGUGGAGGCGCAGCGCCGGCGGACGGUGGACCGCAACAAGCAGCUGGUUCAGGGCCUGAGCCAGUACCUGCCCGACCGGCGCGCCGAGCUCACGCCCGCGGUGGCCAAGCGGCUGCAGCGCGGCAGCGGGUUCACCCCCGUGGAGGUGUUCAGGAAGUACCUCUGGUACGUGCUGCGCGAGAGGAAGUUUGGGCCAGACGCGGUGGCGGACAUGGUGGCGCUCAAGGGCGCGCUGGGGCUGGGGGACGCUGAGGUGGCGGAGGCGCUGAGGGAGCGCGCGCAGCGGAUAUACGACAAAUACGGCACCCUCAUACUAUCGACGGAGGGCAUGUCUGCCAGCGGGCUGCAGCGCAAGGCCACCUGCCAGGCGCUGUUUUCCAAGAUGCUGUACCUGACAGAGCACGACCCCCUGGUCGCGCACGACAGCGACGCAUUUAAAACGACAGAUCUGCGGCUGAUUCUGGGGGCCACCGACGAGGACACGGACCGGCUGCGCAUUGUCAGCCUGGUGGAGCUGGACGCAGAGCGCCUCGACCGCCUCAUGGCGGGCGACAGCUCAGCGUCGCCGCCCGGCGCGGCCGGCGGCGGGGACGGCAGCAGCAGCGGCGGCGGCGGCGGCGGGGCGGAGAGCAGCUGA